AAUUUCAAAUUGUGAUUAUCUUUUCUUUAGGGUAGCUAUUAUUAUUUUCUAUGAUGUAUUUUCCAUAAUUUACGAAUUUGUUAUCGUUGAUUUAAAGGCUACUUGUUGUGUUGAAAAUUACUUCUUAUAUAUUUUGCUGUUAGAUACCUUUUAUUUCAAUCAGUUUUCAGCGGAAAAUUAAUUUGCAUAGAAUUCCUCACGAAGUCACAAUAUCAUCAUUCGUGUAAAAAAUUUCACGCAACCUCGGAAAAAUGCAACUCAUUCAGUCAUUCAGGAUUUAGUUAAAAUUCCAACUUGAUUUUCCAUCGAUUCUUUCACGAUACGUCUUACCCUCUGCCUACACGCAAAAGAGCGUCAGCUGGCCAUAAUGUUAUCAUUAUCAUCAUUCAGAACCGGUGAGUAAUACAAUAGGUUCGUUUUAUUUGCUGCAACUUCCUGCAAUUUUUCACAAUCUGGCAGGAUUUUGUAGAAAAGAACAAACUUGACGUUUACAUCAUCUUUCACGUUCGUUGCGUCUCGUUGUACCUUUGCGUUAUAUUUAAGUACCCAAUUUGUUAAUUGAUUAAUUGUUUGUUAAUUUUUCAUCUAAUUGUUGAUCUUUGUAUCUCAAUACUUGAGAGUACCUAUACUGAAGAUUUAUUCUCAAAAAGAGUGUUGAUUGGGAAACGUUGAAUUGCCUUACGAAAAUGAAUGUUUCCUGCACUUGCUCUAUUUGCCAUGAUGACUUAUUCACCGGCGAGGAUGACGAAUCAAUUAGUUCCACAAGUUGCGGUCACGUCUACCACUCACACUGUAUUCUCCAAUAGAUGGAAAGAUCAAAAACAUGCCCUCAGUGCCGAACUAAUCUGGAGAAUAACGUUUUCAAGUUGAAUUUAUCUAUUGGAAAAGCAUCUGCGGUCCCGAGUAUGGAAAAAUUUGAGGAGUUGAAGAAUCGUGUGAGACAUCUUACGAAAGUCGAAUCAGAUUUAAAGACACAAUUGGCCGCAAAAACUAGAAAUUAUGAAUUACUUUUUCAAAAAAAUAGAAGUGUACACUCACAAUGUGGAGAAUUAAGGACUAAAAACAAGAUACUUGAGGAUAAAAUGCAAUCGCUCCUGCGCAGUGAAUCCAGGUUGAAAGAUUUAUUAGUCGCGAAAAAUACGGAAUUGCAAGAAAUGGAAAAAGGCUUCAAAGCGGCGAAUUUGAAAUUGAAGAAUAGAAAUAAAGAAUUGGAGGACGUCGAACAUUAUUUAACAGACAGGUUGGGCAGAAUCAUUAUUAAUUUGAAGAAGCCGAGGGAAAGUAUACACAGAACGAGGUUGGACUGUGAAAACUUAAAAGAGUUAACUGUGAACUGUUGGAGUUAUCGGCUUCCUGAACUAUACAUGAUACAUGGAGAACUAUACAUGAGAAAUUGAUGAAUAGUCUACCGCGUUGAAGAAUUCAAGACAGACAUUAAGUCUUUAUUUGAUGGUUUUUUUAUUUUUUAUUUACGUUUUUGGAUUCCUUUUCGUUUUCAUUUGAGUACUUCAAGUUACUCAAAAGUAAUCGUUGAUUUUGUAGAACUAGAGGAAUUGUUCAUUUAUAUGUUUUUGUUUUUGUAAGAUGCACUCAAACAUUUAAAAUGUUUUUUAUUUUUUCAUCUGUAAUAAGCAUUACGUGGCAUUGCUAUUGAUUUUGACGCAUGUAUUCAAAUUGUAAUUAUACCUAUUCGUUAGCGUA